AUGGAAACGGCGUUGGAGGAGUCGGCCAACAAGAUGUAAGUUAUUAUUGUUUGUUUCUUAUAUUUAGAUCAAGAACUAACGGGAAAGGAAUGUCGCAGAGAGUGACAAAUAUAUUUUUUGGUUUAUUAUACUAGUGUGGUUUAAUUCAUGGUUACCUUGAUCAAAAUUUUGGCUUUUUCAAAAAGUUUUGUUUACUAACGAAUGUCACUGUCAUAAAAUGCUGUUUUCAGUCUGAGCAAAGACGGCGUGACUGGAGUAGUUUGUGCUGACGACAAAGGAGCUCUAUAUUGUUGUAAAGGCACUUUAAACGAGAAGAGUGGUCCCAUUUUGGCGCAUCUGGCGAGUUUAGCAGCUCAAAUCGAAAGUCCGAUUGAACCAGUAAUCUCACUGCAAGGAUCAAACUCCCGUCUUUUGGCACGGCGUUAUAAUGGAGUUGUUGUUGGUGUACACAAAAGCGUUUAA